UUUGACAAAUUUUGACAAAUUUCCAGAAAAAGUCGAUUCGCUAGCGUUUCUUCGAUUUUUUUUGCAGAAUAUUCAAUGUAAGCAGUGAAACGUGCGAUUAAAAAAUAGACGCAAAUUUAGCAUGACUCUCGUUGCAAGUGAUACUGCGUGUUGAAAGCACUCGGCAUUUCCCUAACGCUCCCAAACUGCGCAUUUUCGAACGGUCUGAACGGGUAGCUUGUUUCGCUUUUGGUCCCCGGGAGCUACAGCUUCCGUCUAAAGAAAUGUCUUCAGAGUUCGAUAAGUUUAACGAGUGCUUAAAGGCAUCCUUCUGGAAGAACGUGAAAAACAACCGUGCCGAGCGGAAAGCGAACGGCACUGCAUUGAAAGUAGAACCAAAGCCAGAGCUGAAAAAUGAAUCCGAACCAGCGAUGCAAACUGCGGUACAGCAGCAUCAGUCCCAGCCCCAACAACAGUCACAGCUGCAGCCGAUGCGAUCCACGCCCGUUCCCGUGUCCGCUGUUUAUAACAUAAAGUGUGAAUCGACGGUAAAUGCAUCGCUCCAGGAACUGCUAGAAAAAGAUCCGAAAUGUGAAGAAUAUGAUGACUAUAUACCUCCGCGGGCGCCAAAAACGCCUCCCAUGGAGGACUACGAUGACAUGGUACCGCGGCCACAAACGCCCAUGGAAAUUCCCAACAUGGACGAUGUUGUGGAAAUUUCCGACUCUCCGGAACGCUCUAGCCGAAGGGCAAUGGAUAAGUUAGGCUCGAAAGAAACCAAAUCGGACGAAUUGCUACAGGAAAAACUGUGGCAAUAUUUCGGUCAUCGUGAUUUUAAAAGCCAGCUGCAAAAAGAAGCCAUCGAAACCAUUAUAGCAAGAACACGAGAUGUGUACGUUUCGAUGCCUACCGGAGCCGGAAAGUCGCUCUGCUUUCAACUGCCCGGUGUAAUGCAGGACAACAAGGUAACGAUAGUAUUUUCCCCUCUGUUAGCGUUGAUCAAGGAUCAGCUAGACACAUUAGCUCGAAUUAAGAUACCGGCCGACUCGAUCAACUCGAAAAUGGGUACACGAGACCGCGAACGGGUGAUCAAUGACCUGAAAAGCGUCAAGACCGAUAUACGUUUUCUGUAUAUCACACCCGAGCAAGCGAAUACUGCCACGUUCAAGGAUAUUAUGCAGCAUCUGGUCAAGUUCCGGAAGGUCGCAUACGUUGUAGUAGACGAGGCGCACUGCGUUAGCGAGUGGGGGCACGAUUUCCGACCCGACUAUUUGAAGCUUGGCAAUCUGCGGGCGGAAUACCCUUCCGUACCGUGGAUUGCGUUGACGGCAACCGCUUCGAAACAUGUCGUGGAGGACAUAUUUCACAACCUACGCCUAAAAGAACCGGUGGCCAAGUUCAAAACGCCUUGCUUCCGACACAAUCUCUACUAUGACGUAGUAUUCAAAAACUCCAUCCAAGACGACUUCCUGCAUUUGAAGGACUACAUCGAAAGCAUCCUUGGAAAGCAGGACGAAGUGAAACCGAGCAAGCGUGCUUGCGGUAUCAUAUACUGCCGAACGCGCGAAAAUACGGAACGUGUGGCGACAAAUUUGACAAAGCUCGGUUUACGCACGGUUCCUUAUCAUGCAGGACUGAAACAAUCCGAACGCGACCAGGUGCAGGAAGACUGGAUGGAAGGAAAGUACGUCGCGAUUGCGGCUACCAUCAGCUUCGGCAUGGGUGUGGAUAAAGGUUCGGUACGGUUCGUUAUUCACUGGGACAAUCCCCAGAAUGUGGCCGCCUACUACCAGGAAUCGGGUCGGGCGGGUCGCGAUGGCAAAAAGUCCUUCUGUCGCAUUUAUCACUGUCGCGACGAGUGUAAGUCGAUCGAGUUUCUGUUGCGACAAGAUUUGCAAAAAAGCAAAGACACACCGAAGGAGGAAGGUGCCAAGCAGGCUGUGAAAAACUUCGAGAAAAUGGUCGAAUUUUGUGAAAGUGCACGCUGCCGACACCGGCUGUUUACUGACUAUUUCGGUGACGAUCCGCCCGACUGUCGAAACAUGUGCGACGUUUGCACCAAUCCGAAGAAGGUGCAGAAAGCCAUCGACUACUUUCAGCAGCUGGCCUACACGGGAAAGUUGAAAACGAUGACGGCCUACGAUGAUGACCCGUCCGAUCUGUAUGGGGGCGGUCGGAAGGGCUAUGAAAAUGACUACUACGAUGGUUGCAGCAGCGGCUACAGUGAUGGUCGUGAAAAGCGCAAACAAAGUGAAUCGGCGCUGCUGAUUCAGAAACAAUUCCUCCUCCGUAAGGCGGCUGCCGCGAAAGACAUGAGCAUGCAGCGAUCGGCCACGAUCGGGCGGGUAAAGUUUGCCAUGCAGACACCCGUCAAGGUGAGCGGAUUAACGAUAGCGACGCGCGAAACGUACGUUACCUCGCUGGCCGAUCUGAUGAAGAAAAACGUGGAGAUCUGCAAAGGGAUUGACGAACCGGACUACAGCCUAGUGUACAAGGACUUUGAAGACAUCGCGGUGGAAAUGGAGUACGAAGCGUUCACUAAAAACACCGUCAAAAGUUUGUACCACCGAGCGAUUGUUAAGCAGGUAACGUCACUGAAAUCGGCUGUGGCGGAGAAAAUGUUACAUCCACGGGUGAAGGAGUACUGCCCGAAGCAUCGGGCUAAUCUGGGCGGAGACUAUAGGACGAUAGAGGCCGAUCUUAAGCGUAAGUACGGCGACAACAUCGUGGAAGAGAUCCGAUCGGAUGGACACGAUAAGAAGCAUGACGGACAUCAUCAUCACCACCAUCAUCACCAUCAUCGAAACGAACGCAAUGGUGAUCGUAAACGAACCUCCAAAUUUACGGCGAAAACCAGUACUUCCCGUGACCGUGACGGUCUCAACCAGUCGUCGAUCAGUUCCUACUUCAGUGCAAAAAAUAACGCGUCCUCCACUGCCACUGCGAUGGCCAGUGGAAGCAAUUCUGGCCUGAUGACGAUCGAUGAUGGUGACAUGUGGGAUGACGAUCAGCUGAAGGAAGGUGGCCGAUCGAACAAUGUGAAGCUGGCACCACCGGAACCGGCCACACUAUCGCUGAUCCGUUCACCGCAGUCACCUCCCACUUCACCGAUAUCACCUCGAUCACCGCGCUCACCACGCUCCCCUCCGUCCCGGAGAUCGCCGCGUUCGCCACGUUCACCACGUUCUCCAACGUCGCCACGAUCGCCCCGUUCCCCGUCGGUAGAGUACGUCUCAAAUGACCAGUACCAGGAGGUGAAAACGCGUCGGCUAAGCGAGCAUGGCGAACGGCAUCGACGAUCGACAUCCCGAACGGCGUCAAAAGACCGUACCUAUCGUGAUCGCUCCCGAUCUGGUUCGAGGGGAUACUCGAGUGAGCGAUCGCGAACCAAGCAAAAAUCGACGUCCUACAAGCGAUCGCGCGAAAGCAGCCGAUCGUACUCCCGGGAACGAUCUUACUCGUAUCGAUCGGGCAGCUCCCGUUCGAGGGAUUGGGAGGAAGACGAGAUUGCAAGGCGUCGGAAGCGUAAAUAUGAGGAAGAAGAGUAUGACCGAGAGUACGAACGUGUCCCCGUGAAAUCAAGGGUGUACGACGAUGAGUAUGAAUCCAACAACAAACAGCACCAUCAUCCUUCACGGAGGCCACCGUCACCAGAGGAGGAGUUCAGUUAUGCCGCUCCUAAAAAGCGAAUAUCGCACUACGCUGAAAACAGUGGUUCCACUGCUGUAGGGUACGGCAAAAAUUCGGCCUACGGAUCCGCUGCCGGUGGUUCGUCUUCCGGGUAUAAUAAUUACGUACCUCACAAAACCGUUGGCGGCGGUGGUGGUGGUGGUGGCGGUGGCGGUGCUAGUGGUAGUGGCUCAUCCCAAAUGUUGAACAAUGAAGAUAUGUGGGAUGAUGAUCCGGAACCAUCGUCGUCUAAUUCACGGUCGAAGGAUCAGCCUCCUUCGCCGCCAGCAUCACCACCGUCAUCACCGCCUCCGCCGUCCUCACCGCCACCACCAUCAUCACCGCCGCCAAUGUCACCCUCUCCGGAGCCGGAAUAUAUGCACACCAAGUACCUACCACCGUCGCCUCCGCAUCGUCCACCGUCGCCCGCAUCACUACCACAAACAUCGAUACAUCACGAUAAGCAUCCGAUGCGCACGUACGAUCACCGAUCGCCGUACGACGGAGCGCACGAUCCGCGCUUAACGGGUACACCAAAAAGUCCACCCUAUUCCCAGCUGGGAGCCAGUGGCAAUGCACUCUCCUCCGUGUCCUGCGUGAAACCUUCGACUUCGGUUGGGUUUACGACAGCUGCUCAGAUGCACCUAAAUUCCCUAGCGAACAAACCAUCAUCAUUACCAGUGAGCACGAUGCAAGCGGUAGGCCCAACAAUGGCCGGCGGUACGGCCAACGUAACAAUGAUGCAAACGGGCAUUGUUGGGGGAAUGAAACAAUCGUGCAUGAACACAGUUACCACGAACAACGUGCCCGGCCCUUCCAGUGGAAAUUCAUCCAACGCUCAACAGCUUAUGUCCGGCUCGUCCGGGCAUACACCGGGCGGUGCACCCGAUUCGGCCGGCUCAACACCGUCUGGAUCGCAGCUUGCAGAGAUGGAGAAGAAGAAGAAAAAUUUGGCCAGCUGCGUCAUACACUAUCUGAUGCCGUACUAUCGUGAUCAAAAAAUCGAAACAAAGGAGCUGUUCAAAGGGCUUGCGAGGAAGAUUUCGCACAAAUUCUACGAAGCCGAUGUUACCGCUGAGCGUAAAGUGAAGAAAUACAUCGAUGAUAUGAUGGCCCACAAGGGUAUUAUUUCGAGCGAAGCGGAUUUUCCCAAAUAGAAACGACGCAAGGCGCGCUCGCGCGCAUACAAAUCGCGGUCAUAUCGACGACGUUCACGCUGCUGACGCGCAGAGUGAAUGCGCGCGAUGGACGCGUCGUUGUCUAUAAUGUAAUUUAACGAACGUUCUGUACAUAUUAGACCAUAAGCAACAACCUCCUGCUCUACCUUGCAUGACUCAAUGUAGAAGCUGGCGCGCGCGUGCGCUUUGGUGGCCAACGAAGAACAGCGCAUAUUCCAUUGUUACAACGUACUGUCAGGAUAGCAACGGCCAUGCUCCAGGCCGACAUCGCCUCGAAACCCCAGAAAGUAUGGCAGGGAAUUGUUUGCAUGUGCUUUUAUUACAGAGAAAAAGAAUUGCCAAUGAAUGGCAUUCAUUGCCAUGGUAGUGUGCUCCCGUCGGAUUGACGGCCGUGUUUUAAAUGGAGGGAAGGUUUGUUUUUUUUUUUACUUGCUAUAUCUUUUAGGAGCUUGCAUUAAUUUUGAUGUAUUUUGUUUUCAUUCUCUCUCUCUCUGGGAGUAUGCCGGUAUGUGUUGCGAAACAUCGGUAGCAAUAUAUGUAAUUUAAAAAGUCAUCUAGUUUUUUUUUGUACUACUUCCCCAUUUUUGGUAAUUUAAAUCGUACGAAAGUCGCAGGAACAUGUGUGUCGAUGCGUUACAUUUAAGGCUUGUGAUAGCUUUUUUAGAGUUUGUAAUGGAUUCUCGGCGGCGGGGCGGCCCAUUGGUAUAUGUGAUAAACGGUGCCGGUUCCACAUGACAGGACCGCGUAUCAAAUUACAUCGGAACCGUCCCCCCCAUAGCAAGGACUUACUAUCUGGCUACGUGGUAAAAAUUAACCUGGUCAGCAUUGUCAACAUGACCUCAGAGGUCAUUAAGCCGAGAGAGAGAGAAAGGAUUCUCGUCCGAUAAAUCUCCGAAUCCUAUGUUGUCGAACCUUUUUGGAGUUCCCAAUUUCAAUCUUUAAAUGGUCAAAUAGUAUAAACAAGAAAUAUUUAAACAUCGCUCACAAUUUGCACAUGAAGACAGUGAUCAGUUUGAUAAUUUUAUUUACACGGCCAACAUUAACAUAAAACGAUCAAUUCAGUAAUUGUCUUUGCCGGAAUUCAAACAUGAAAGUAAGGAGCAUACUUUACUACCAAUCGUUUAUUGGUAAUAGCACCGGUUUUCCACACGACAGUCUUGGUAUGAAAAUCCCAUACGGAUCGCGUUACUCCGUAGUUGCGUAAUAAUAAAAACAUGUGUAGCAAGCCAGUUAUGGCAGGCAUGACCUUAGUCGGUCGUUACUCCAAGAAAAAGAAAAAAAAGGAAGACUUGAGAAUUGCCCGUAGCCAUUAAUGUCACUGUGUCAAAAUUAAUGCAAGAACCUAACAAUACAUUCGAUGGCGGAUUCAUUCGCCGUUAACCGUUUCAUAAUAGGAGCAGGGUACAGUGGCCACCUUUAUUGCACACAGACACUAAAUACUUAUUACGCCCGGACGUUCUGUAAGUUUGUGUGAAUAAAGAUACAUUCUGAUAAUAAUA